AUGGGGGCAUCUCUGGGGCCUCCCCAGGGCAUUGCCAGAACACACCUGGCAGGCUGGGGUGACACUCUUCUCUUUGCAGGGACUUCCGUCAGAGCAGCAGGUCUGCUUGACCUGCCGCGCGUGGUGACCCUGAGCGAGGAUGCAGCACCGGGCACCCAUGUAGCCAAGGUGACAGUGUCCUGCAGCAAUGCAAGUGGCAGCCCCAACAUCACCCUGCAUGGCCUUGAGCCUGGCCACCCCUUCAACCCUAUCGCCAUCAGCACUGAUCCUGUGGCUGCCACCAUGUUUCAGGCAGAGGUGACACUGCGUGCCGGAGCGGAGCUCAAUGCCCACCAGGUGAACCAGUAUGCCCUUACCCUGCGGGCCACUUGUCCUGGUGAGGAUGAAGUAGAGGAGCGGCUCUUUGUUCGGGUGACAGCAGGGCAGGUACUGCGUUGUGAUGCCCCCUUCGCCAGAGCAGGGGGAGAUGUGGUGCAGGUACUGGCAGACAUUGCCCCCCGGACGCCCCUGUACGCGGUGCUGCCGCAGCCACUUGGCGGGCUGAUGUUCAGGCUCCGAAACCACGAUACGCCCCUCACGCUCACCCACCGGGGCCUGGUGCUGACGCCUGCUGGUGGCUUUGACCCCAGCAAGGACAACCAGACAUUCAGGCUGGAGAUCGAGGUGGUGGACCGCCAUGGGCACAACUGCAGUGGGGCCCUGAGGGUGGAGGUGCUGCCAUCACGCCGUCCCCGUGUCGCCUUCCUUGAGCCACAGCAGUCCGUGAGAGUGCCAGAUGGUACCGGCCCUUUGGAGGUGGUCAUGCAGGUCCAUGCCACUGGUGACAACGUCCGCUACACCAUCCUGGCUCCCGCAGCGCCUGCACUUUUCACCAUUGAUGAGGUGACAGGCGAGAUCCGCAGCACCAGCCAGCUGGAGGUGGCCCAUGCAUACCUCCUCAUACGGGCUUACAAUGCACUGCACCCCACUGACCAUGCCACCACCACGCUCAACAUCACCGUGCAGGAGACAGACCGGCAGGCGCCAAGAUGCAUCCCAGCCCUCUUCGUGUUCCAGGUGCCUGAGACGGUGUCCCCUGGCAGCACCCUGGUGACACUGAGGUGCACCAACCCCGCCAGCGCCAAGGGGUGCCUGAGCUAUGCCCUUGAGGGACCCCCUGCCUCCCGCUUCCGCUUCCGCAUGGAGGGGCCGCAGUUGCAGGUCAACACCACCCUUGACUAUGACUCGGAGGCUGUGGCCGCUGUGGGCUUCCAGUUCACGGCCACCAUCAUGGUGACGGCAGGAGCGCAGCCCCCACGGACCACCCACGUGCCUGUGCUCAUGACGGUGACGCCUGUCAAUGAAUUUACACCGGUGUGUCCCAAUGGUGCCGCCUUCACCGUGCCAGAGACGGCAGGUUUCGGCAGCACUGUGGGGCGCGUGGCUGGCACUGACCGCGACUACCCACUGGACAGCCUUGAGUACAGCCUGGAGGGUGGCUCCAGCCCCGCGCAGCCCUUCUCCAUCGACACACACACUGGUGAGAUCCGUGUGGUAGGACCCCUCGACUACCAGAGGCAGAGGAGCUACAGGCUGAUGGUGCGGCUGACGGACACCCACAACGACCUGAACCCAGCAAUGCGGCGGAGCUGCGUGUGCAACGUCGCUGUGUACCUGCAGGCUGUGGCAGAACAGGUGCUGGUGUGUACCCCUGAGGUGCAGGAGCUGUGGAUCACGGCCAGGUUGGGUGGCCGCCAGCCUGUCACCCACCUGGCAUGCCAGGGAGGACCUGACAGCACCACGCUGGCAUACACCAUUGCUGGAGGCAACGAGGAUGAGUGCUUUCAGCUGGAGGGGAACACCCUCUUCUACCUCCCUUGUGACUCGGCCAAGCCCCGCACCUUCAUGCUGCUGGUGGAGGUGUGGGGAGGCCCUGGUGUCCCCCACCACAGCACGAUGGUGGCACUGGUGGUGCAUGUGACCCCCCGGAGCACCCCAGUGCCACCCAGCACCACCACCAGGCACAUGGUGCUGUGGAAGGAGCCACUGGUUGUCAUGCGGAUGGAGGCAGCAUGGCACCCACCAGCCUGGUUUGUGGCCGUGCUGACUGUAUCUGGCGCCCUGCUGCUGGCUGCCCUGGGCUGUGUGGCUCGGAUCCUGCUCUGCAGCAACCAAGACCCUGCAAGCUGCUGCUGAGCUAGAGGUGGGUGCUGUGUGGCCAGGGUGGUUGGAUCAGUAGUGAGGGGCAGCCAUGCACGUUGGCACAGGCCCCCAUAGCAUCCUCGCAGGCAGCCAGGAGAUGUGAGGGGCUGUUUAAUGUACCCUGUGUUUGGCUGUGGCCCCCAGGGCAAGGGUACAGUGAUGAUGGGAGCCAUGGGUGCAGAGAUGGUGAUUUGGCCAGGGGACAGCCAUGUCAGUGUCUGAGCUGGGGCAAAAACUCUGCGGUGGGCAGGGUGGGAUGGCACAGCAGUGGCGCUGCUGCCUGCUGCAGGGCUGAAUCCUGGUGCCAAGGCUGGGGCCACUGCAGCUCACAGGCAGAGCUCUGCUUUGCUGGGAAAGGUGCCCUGGGAGGAGGUGAACAGGCUGUACACUCCCUGGGAGGAUGAACCAGGGGUGAGAGGUGGCAGAGGGGAGAGCCUGAGGAAGCCGGUCCAGCCUGUGCCAGGCGUCUGCAUGGCAAGAAGGAGGCAUGCAAGCCUGUGGGCAGGAUAACAGGUGCCUCCAGCAGUGUAACAGCCUCAGGAUGAUGCAUGGCUGCAUCCACAUUCAUUGGUGAAGUCAGGGGCAUGGUGCUUGGUGGCAGCAGGGCUGUAGUGACCAUGAAAGGUAGAAGAUUCAGGCUCAGCCCCUGCAGGCAGCACUAGCAGCAGGAGGGCUCCAGGGUAGCGCAUCCUCCAAGCACAACAAUGGUGUGCACUGGCAUGUGGGGACAUGAGCAUGCAUGCUGGCAGACCAGCUGGUCACUUUCUGGCAUUGCUGAAAGGUGGUAAUCUUGGGGGUGCACAGACCCUGCUGCAAUCCCUUCGGCACCCAGGGACAUGCCAGGGCCACACCGGCUGGGUAAGGAGACAAUCAGGUAGGUGGAAGUCAGUGAGGGCAAUGGGCUUGACAGGGUUCAGCUGGCAGUGCAAAGCCUGGCUGGUGACCCACUGCUGGCAGCAUCCUUUGGGGUUGAGGCUGGGGGCCUGUCACUGGUGGUGUGCCCUCCCCUCACCCCCUCUGCAGCUCCUGGGAUGUGACGGGGCAGAGGGGCGGUGAGGAGGAGCUCAGCCACCCCCACGCUGGCAGCCCAGUAAGUGUGUGCUGUGGUGCAGAGAGUGGACACACUGCCAGGGGUGCGGGUAGGCACUCUGGGGCUCUCAGCACCCUCUCCUGUCUCUCCUCUGCACAGGGGCAGUUUGAUGGCCAUGUCUGGGACCCAUGUGAGUGCCCUGUCCCAUGGCCUCUGCAGCCUUGGGCUGCAUCCGUUGGGGCAGAGGUGUCUGGGGGACAGGAAAGACAGGUGCCAGGCAGCACUGCCUGGGCAGCACCCAUGGGGUGAAGGCUGAGUGCUGCCUCCCAUCUCAGGUACUGGCAGGGACUAUGUAUGUCUUCAACAGCAUGACCAGGGCAAGGUGCUGGAUCUGAGCGGCUUGACCCAGCAAGGGACACCCCAGGACCCACAGCUCCCCACAGGCCGCACUGGGCAGAGCACCAGGCACUAGCAGACACUCGUUGUGGCCCUUGGGCCUGGGAGGAGCCCACUCCAUGGGCAAAUUUGCUGCCCAAGGACACAGCCAGCCCCUGGACGCCCGCGGCCAGCACAGAACCAAUAAAUGGUGGCAGAGAUUGCA